UAUGGAGUCCAAUCCAGCCCUGCCGCCUCCUAACGACCUGGCGGCCACUUGGGCCUUCCUAGAGAGCGGUAUUAGUCAAAUUAUGAAUAGAUUGGAAGAGGGACUUAGCUACAAGAGAUAUAUGGAUCUUUAUACUGGGAUUUACAAUUACUGCACGAGCAGUCGUAUGAAUCCUGGUUUUACAUCAGAACCUCUCGCUGGUCCUGGUUCUAAUUUAAACAACAAUCGAG